CUCAGACAAGGCCUCACAGGGUGGUCUCCCAGCCGCGCCCAGAGCUGCCUCCUGGGGAAUCCCCGCAGCUUCUGCAGGAAUGCAAGUCCCAGGCUGCUGGCUGCCUCCCCGCACCCCCAGCUGUCCCCCAGCGGCCACAGCCGGGCCAUAAACUGGAAACCCUAAUGAGAUCUGGGGCCGAGCCGUGUAAAUUAAAGGCGGUUUAUGGUUUGGAAUGAGUCACUUCAGGGCUCUCUCUGGGAGCAGAGCCCGGGCCCUCCUGUCCCCACCAUGCUGUUGGGGGACCCCCAGGGGGCGGCAGGCCGCCAGCCCCGGGCUUCCUCCCCGGGAGCCCCAGGUCUCCGUCAGGGCAGGGGUGCGAGCCAGCCAGGCUGGGGGACAAACGGGGUGACCCGGGAAGGACCCGCGUGGCUGAGACCACACGCCCGAGAUGUUCGUCGAGUGGUCACCCGAGUUGACCCUGCGUCCCGGCGGCCGGGCUGGGCGGGUCUGAGCUGCGCCGGGGGCCGGAGGGUCGCGGCCGCACUCCCGCAGCGGGAGACGGAAGGGGUCUCCACCCGGACCUCCGGGGUCUGCGAUGCUCGCGACCCCCCACCCAGGACAGGUCGCCCGCGGGUCCAUCGGGGUCGCGCUCUGCUCGGGCCGGUCCCGGUCCCGUCCGCGCGGGGCGCCUGGAAUUCCCCGGGUGGCCGGAGGGAAAGUGGGCGGGCGACGGCGGAGACACUGAGGGCGGGAGCCCCGGGGGGUGGGGCGGCGGCGCGGCGAGACAGAGACCUCCCCCGCGGCCUCGGGGCUCCCGGUCCCGCGUGGCCGGCGACCAGCGCCCCCUGCGGCGAAGCGCGCCUCCCCGACGCGCCCCCGGACACGCCCCGCCCCGCCAGCGCCGCCUCCACGCAGCGCCGCCCAAUCGGCGGGCGGCCGGCGGGCGCGUCACGGAUGCCCAUUGUUAUGCAAAUAUAACGGCGGUAAAAGGCGCCCCGGCGCGGCGGGCGGGCGAGCGAGUGCAGCGGCGCGUGGGGAGGCGCGCGGGGUCCGCGCGGGAACUGCAGCCGGAGCGAGCAGGGACCCGAGAGCGCGGCGCCGCCGCCCCGGCUCGGCCGGCCCCCGAGAGCGCCGCGCCAGCCUCCGUCGCCCGCUCGCCCGGGCGCGGCUGGAUGCGGCGGGGCCCUGCGGCGGCGGCCCCCGGCCCCCAGCGCCCGGAGCGCCCAGGGGCGGCGUGCGGGGCCCGGGGGCGCCGCGCCCUCCAUGCGCCCAGGCGGGCCCCGAGACAGCCGGGGGCCCGCGCCGCCGCCGCCCGCGCUGAGCCCGGCCCGCCCCGCCGCGCGCGCCCGGCGGCAGCAUGAGCCAGGCCGAGCUGUCCACCUGCGCGGCGGCGCCCACGCAGCGCGUCUUCCAGGAGGCCGUGCGCCGGGGCAACACGCAGGAGCUGCAGUCGCUGCUGCAGAACAUGAGCGGCUGCGAGUUCAACGUGAACUCGUUCGGGCCCGAGGGCCAGACGGCGCUGCACCAGUCGGUCAUCGACGGGAACCUGGAGCUGGUGAAGCUGCUGGUUAAGUUCGGCGCCGACAUCCGCCUGGCCAACCGCGACGGCUGGAGCGCGCUGCACAUGGCGGCGUUCGGCGGCCACCAGGACAUCGUGCUCUAUCUCAUCACCAAGGCCAAGUACGCGGGCGGCGGCCGGUGACGCCCGCCCCGAGCCGGCCGCGGGCCCCACGCGUGUCGCCUCUGCUGGACCUUCCCGCCAACUACCUCGGUGUGCGCCGCGGCCACGACGAGUCCGGCGCGCGCGUCUGUGCCCACGGGACCCGCGCGGCGCCCGUUCCCCGGGGCCGGCGCCCCCCCUGGCGGCCCGGGCCGGGCAGGAGCGCUUCCCACGGCCCCGCCCGCGGCCUCGCGGGUGGGGGCGGGGCGCGGGCUCUCGCCCCUUUGAAAUUUGAGUCCGGCGACCAGCAUGUUCGGAAUCCCGCGACACCGGAUCCUCCGCUGGAAAUGCCGCCCCGGAGGAGGAGGCGGGUGGCGGGGACGCCGGGCUCGGGGCGCCCCCGCCCGCAGCACCGCGGCCGACGCGCCCCGGAGGAGAGCCGCGCGGUGGCCGGGGUUCGGAACUAUUUAUCGUGUGUGUUUGUAUUUGUGGGUGAGGUUCGUGCGCUUGAUUCCUUUCUGUUUGGGAAACACUGCGCGUGGUUACGGGGAAGAUGCAUUUUUUUCCUGGU